AUGUCCAUAUUUGCCAUAGAAACAAAGAAGAAAAGCUGCACCACAGUAUCAGAAGUCAUAAUCCUUGAUGUUGGUGCCACUGCUGAAGCUGACAAGGGACCUUUGCUACCCAAACAAAAGGAUACUGAUCAUGACUUGGAAGGAGACAAGGUUGAAGUUGCCACUCCAGAAUAUGACAAAGACACCAAGGAAACAACUUUCACCACUGAUGCAUUCCAUACCAGUAAAUCAAGAAAUCAAACAAACUGUUUCAAUGUUUUAAUUGGUCAGCCUUUCCUCAAGCUUACCAAGCAUCUGGAGGGUGAUGAAUCAACUGGCUUCAUUGUUAUACCUGAGUUCCAUGGGCUCAAGGCUCACCUUGCCAGUUGGGCAAAAGGACUUCAAAUUGAAGAAGAUCUUCUACCAAUGAUUGUUUCAAUGUAA